AUCAGAUCACAUCACUCUUCCCCAGGCCCUGUCCUACAAGGCCCUGCACAGCCCAACUGCAUUCAUUUCCUAUGGCUGCUGUGACAACCUACCACAAACGUGGGGGCUUAAAGCAGCGCCAGUUUAUUUAUUUAUUGCCUUAUGGUUGUGGAGGUCAGCAGUACUGAAUAGGCCUCAGGAGCUGCAAUCUGAGCUGUAUUCCUUCUGGAGUCUAAUCCAUGUCCUUGCCUUUUCCAGCAUCCCGAGGCCACCUGCGUUCCUUGGAUUGUAGCCUCACGUUGCUUCACCCUCCUGUCAUCACCUCUUCUCUUUCCUGGCUCUGACCCUCUUGCCUCCAUCUUCUGAGGACCCUAUCUAUCUGUCCUGGAAAGAUGCAGAGGCUCAUGAUGCUGGUCGCUGUAUUGGACACCUGCCUGGGCUUGCUGAUGGCAGCUGCAGCAGCAACAGCAGGCACUAACCCUGCCCAACUGGACACUCCCGGCAUGCUGCCCACCCUCCGGCGCCAGAAGAGAGACUGGAUUUGGAACCAGAUGCACAUUGAUGAAGAGAGAAACACCUCACUGCCCCAUUAUGUGGGCAAGAUCAAGUCGAGCGUGAACAGAAAGAAUGCCAAGUACCUGCUCAGAGGAGAGUCUGUCGGCAAGGUCUUCCGGGUCAACGAGGACACAGGAGACGUGUAUGCCUUUGAGAGGCUGGACCGGGAGAAGACCUCCGAGUACCACCUCAUUGCCCUCAUCGUGGACAAGGACACCAACAGAGACCUGGAGUCUCCUUCCAGUUUCACCAUCAAAGUUCACGACGUGAAUGACAACUGGCCUGUGUUCACGCACCGGUUGUUCAAUGCAUCUGUGCCCGAGAUGUCGGCUGUGGGGACCUCGGUCAUCCGUGUGACAGCAGUGGAUGCAGAUGACCCCACUGUGGCAGAUCACACCUCUGUCAUGUACCAAGUCCUGAAGGGAGAAAAGUAUUUUUCCAUCGAUAAUUCCGGACUCAUUCUCACGACAACCAAUAACUUGGACCGAGAGAUGCAAGCCAGAUACGAGAUCGUGGUGGAGGCACAAGACAUCCGGGGCCUCCGGGGGGACUCGGGCACGGCCACUGUGCUGGUCACCCUGCAAGACGUCAAUGACAACUUCCCCAUCUUCACCCAGAGUGAGCCCCUCCUUUAGGGUGCUGGGGAGGUUGGGUGUUGGAGCACUCCAGACUCAAUAACUUGGGGCUCUGGGGGAGGAGCCCUGA